AUGCCCAGUCCAGCCCGUCACCGUCACCGUCCCUGCCGCCGGGCAAGCUGCAGCGCACCAAAGUGCCAUGGCGAUCUGUCGCGCACCGCAUUAUCCUGGCCCGCCAUGUGUCGAAGCGGUGAAGCUGGCGACGGCUCGCACCCCACGGUGCAAGGUCCGAUAUCAGCCCUCACCGACAUCCUCCAGGCUGCUCAUGAAAUUCCAGACCGACCUGGCGUGCUGGGCGGAGACCAACGGGGCCCUGCCUAUGGGCCCGUCGCGCGGCGCCAGGAGUUGUCGGGACGAUGGAGUCGGGGCAUCAUGGGCGAUGGGCGAUGGACUGGUCCCAGCCAAGCCUUCACCGGCAGCUGGUGGGCAUUAGUUCAGGGGCCGGCGCCGGGGAAGCACUUCCUGAGUUUCUAG